CUGUAUUUGUAUGGCUGGUCCGUGAACAAAUUAUAUGAUUAUUUAUUUAUUUACAUGAAUUUUAACAGUGAAACAUUUAAAACGGAAAAAAUAACAAAUAGGAGAUACAAAUGACUCUCCAUUGGAAUGCUCAGUUCAUCUCUCUCUUUCUCCUCCUUCUUCUCCGAAAUUGAGAAGCAAGGCUUGGGGAAGAAAAGGUCACAUGACCAGUAAAUGACCAAUCACUGGUCAGGAAAAACCAAUCUACCAAUAGGAUGGCUACAAUAAAGAAAUGUGCUCGGAUGUGCCAUAUAGAAUAAAUGAAUGAUUUUACAAAUAAAAACGAGAAAACAAGCAAAACAAAUAUAGGGGAACAAUGAGCAGAUUUUUCAGCAGGUCGGAGUGUACAAUAAACAAUAAAAUAAAAUUGAAAAUCGAAGCAAGCAGUCAACAAUCAGAAACAGACACGCCGGUAAUCAGCUGACUGAUAAGGUAGCCGGCUCAGUUUGCAUUGAUAAACUUACCCUUAUUGUAAACAAACAUUCAUUAUGCUGUUUUAGGUUAUUCGAAAACCAUUUACAAUUGUUUGUGAAUCUGGAUCUUAAUAAAUGAAUAAAUCAUAGAUUUUGUUGUUAUUUCAACAGCCAAUAAAGCAUCAUCAGAGAUGCAGUGAUUUGCUAUUACGGUGUUAUCUUCGAAGAAAGAUCGUCAACUGCUCAGACAUUUUCCGAAUUUCAAGAUCUACUUAUGGUUUUUGCUGCUCUUUCGACUAUUUGGAUAACAAGGAUUUACUUUUGAAUUUUAAUCCCCCUCUAAGAGAUCGGAUGUUGAACACAUCGAUGCAGUAUGGUUUCGAGGAUGGGAUGACUUUGUUACUGAAUCUGUCAUCACACGAUUCCGUUUACAGUAUGUUUUCCAGGAAUGUAGCAACCGUCAUUUUGCAUUCCCCAAAGGAUUUUCCAUCAUUCAAUCAUCAUAGAGCAUUCAUAACAGCUGGAACGGAAACUUUCUACAAAUACUCAACUUCGGCCAUGAUUGCUGGACAAAGUGUAGAAUAUCUUGAUCCAUCAACGAGACAAUGCUACAGUCAUGAUGAGGUCAAAUUGAAAUUUUUCGACCAUUACACUUUGGAAAACUGUUUUAUUGAAGCGGACAUGGAAGCUUUUAUAGCAAAAUGCGAUUGUUUGCCUCUAGAACAUCCAAAUCCAGGCUUGUACAAGGAUUGUACAAUAUAUAAUGCACUCUGCUAUGCAACUGUGAAGAAUGCAAAUAACCACAAUCUCGACAAGUUUAUACAUAUUGAGGGCAGAGAAUUACAGUGCUUUGAAACGUGUUCUUAUGUACGUCACACACCCAUUGUUUACUCAGCAAAUAUUGAUGGUGGUCAAUUCAAUUCCUAUGGAAUCUGGGAUAACAUAACAAACUCUACUGGAUUGUCGUUGCUGAAUUUGUGUCAACAAUCAUCUGAAGCAAUAGUUUACCAAAGAGAGAUUGACGGUGAAAGCUGGCGAACAAUAGUUUGGUUUGGUGGAGUUGCUGGAGUUGUUUUUGGACUGAAUAUAUUGAAUGGAGUUGAAUUUAUUUACUUCUUCACGAUCCGAUUCUACCGCUAUUUGAAAAAGCGGUAUGAUUAAACUGCUGCUACUAUUGAAGAAUGGGAAAUCCUGAUCUAUGCGGACCUAAAACCUGUGAGACUUUCAUCUGUAUCUGUACUUUGCGGAGCACUCUUAAUAAUAUAUUAAGAUACUAUAAUAUGGUUAUAUAUUACACUAAUAACUGUAUAUUCAUCAAUGUGUGUAGUACAUCAAAGCAUUCCAACUAUAAAUGCUUUAUCAAAUAAUAAAAACAUUGUGUACCACUUAGCACUGGCAUUAGAGAAUAGUUUUAAUUAUUUCAAUAUAGUUUACUUGUAUUUUUGAAAUUAUCAAUAUAUGUCUUAUUGCAAUAGCAAAAGAGUAGGCUAUUUCGAAAUAAUGCAUUUCAGGAUAUUAAGUCAAAGAAUAACCAAUGACAGAUGGUAAUUGAUGGAUUACAAAAUGUAUUUAUCCAAAUGCUAAUCAAUAAAUAAUUAUUAUUAAACGAAAAGUCAAAUUAAAUGCUGUUAAUCACCCUGAAUACUUCAGCUACCGGUACUGCAAAUAUUGAAAACAGGAAAGAUAGAAAUUUGAUGAGAGCUGCUAUCCAAAAAUUAUUUGCCAGCCCGAGAAUCGAACCCGGUACCUUAUUAUUGACAUUCAGGUAUGCUCACCGUUACACCAAACUGACAAUCUCUGGAGAGCAGCGCUCAUUCUAUAGGCAGCUAUAGCGGCCAGCUAGUCUACAGAGAGAAAUAAAUGAGAAAUUGCAUUUAUUCAAAUGCUAAUCAAUGAAUAAUAAAUAUUGAACGAAGAUCCAAAUUAAAUGCUGUAAAAGCACCCUG